AUGCUGCUGCUGCUCUUCCUGCUGCUCUACCAAAAUGUGGCGACGUCGUCGACGUGUCCCGCCGUCUGCAGCUGCUUCCGCGACGUCGUCGACUGCUCCUCCAGAGACCUCCUCGACGUCCCCGCCGGCAUUCCCAACUCAACUCGGACCUUGUAAAACAGAUUCCUGCUUCGAAACUCUGAUCCUGCUUCAGAAACCUCAGCGGCAACGAUAUUGACCUCAUCGAGUUUGACCGAAUCGCUUACCUUCCAUUUUUGACGACGCUGUCAGUUAGAAAAUAUUGAAUUCAUCAAGAUUUUAAUUCGCAGAGAUCUCUCCAACAACAUUCUGAGACACAUCGACACGGCUCUCUUCCGCAAAGUUCGCAAUGUUCGCGUUCUGUAAGUUUCUGUAUUUUCAUGUUGAUUUUAUUGUUAACCGGUGGUGAAUUAUUUUAAUCUCUGGAGUUUGAAAAAGUUUCUAGUUUGGAGAAGUUCAGAUCGCUUGCAAAAAAAAUGCAACUUGAAUUUUGAUUAAUGGGACAUCGGUAAUACAAACCGAACUUUCUGAGCAUCUAUAGUGGUCCCUUCAGCGGCAUCACAUCUCUUAAGUGGUCCGUAGAAAUUCUCGAAAACGUCCGGAGCGCCUCCGUUUUGCAUGAACGAGGUAUAAGUAUGCUUGAGUUGAGAUUUUAUUUUUUUUAGUUGGGUAUCGAAUAAAAAAAUUGUUUUUAGGUCAAUACUUCUCCAAUUCUUUUUCUUUAGUUCAAAUGAGAAACUUAAUUUUCAUGAUUUUUACAGACAUUUGCGUCGAAAUCGGCUGAUCCGAGUCCCUGACGGCAUCGCCCAUCUUCAAAACCUCGAAAAAAUUGACCUGUUAGUGGUCCUUUCUCAGAAAAUUCCUUGAAAAGCCGUUUCAAGUCGGUCCAACUCGAUCUCGAAGCUUUCCAACAGCGACCUCUCCAUGUUGGCCAGCGUGAGACACGUCGACCUGUCCCGGAAUCUGAUCGCCAACUUGCCCCGAGGGCGUCUCCCGCGCAAGUCCAAAGUCGAAAGACUGUCCGUCUGCGGCUGAAUCUUCCAAGUCAUCUGCGCUCUUCAGAGACAUGGCCUCGAACUUGCUCCGCGAAGUGCCUGCCGACGUGUUCAUCUCGUUGCCGUCGUUGAUCUCCCUGAGGCUCUCGAGAAACAAAAUCGGCGUCUUGCAGCGAAACAGCUUUCAUCGGCUACCGUACCUCGAAUCCCUGUUCGUUUUGGAGGAUUUUGUACAGUGGCCCAGAAAAUGGGGUUUAACCAGAGUUCAGAAUAGGAAUUAUUGAGAGAUCCAUAAAUGGACAAAUUUGAAGAUUUGAAAAAUAUUGCGCGUGGUUGCUUUCUCACAAGGGUUUUAAUUUCCCUCGGAAUUUUUCUGAAAGUUAUUUGAAUCUUUUUUCUUCAGGAAAUUCAUGAAGCCUUUGAGAGACUUUUAGAAAGAAUCAAAGCUGGAAAUUCCAGUGAUCUCUCCAGAAACGCCCUUCGAACAGUUCCCUCCCUGGUUUUCAACGACUUGCCCUCUUUACUCAACGUCUCCUUGUCCAAAAAUGAAGUCCACAGGCAACAAAACCAAUAAUUUCCCUAUAAAAAGUCAUAUUCAGGCUUGGAGACGGGAUAUUUUUAAAGUGCGACUCCUUAGCCAUGCUCAACGUGUCACAUAACCGGGUGGCCACCAUUUCUGAAGGAUGGCUUUUUGGCCUUCAGAGCCUGAAAUAUUUGUCAGUUUUUGAUGUUGGAGAAGUUUUCUUGAGUUUUUUAAAGGAGCAUGUAGGCUAUUUUGUGCCAACUUGUCACGUUUUUUCUUGCCAAAAUACCGUAAUCCUUUAGAUUACUGGUCUUGUAACGAAGUCCGCAAAAUCUCUCUAUCCUGUAGUUUUUUUCUACUUUUUUUGAAAAAAACGUGAUAAAUUCCCGAAGUUCAAUGGAGACAUAACUUUUUUAAAAAUUAUCAGAAAGUAAGUUUUUUUCCCGUGUAAACUUAUUUUUAAAAAAACUUCCUUGAAAUGAAAAAAUUUUUUUGAAGAAAUUUUUUUGAGUUUUUUUGAAACAUCGGUUCCUGGUCAAUUUUUCAGCGAUAAGUAAGAAACCAGAUUCUAAAUUCAUCAAAAAAAUUGAUUUCUACUCAGAAUCUCUUGUUUGAAAUUUCUUCACAGCUUUUUUUGAAACAUUUUUUAUAAAAUUUCUAUUUGUUGGAACAUAAUUUGUUUGUGCGUGGAAAAAAACUUCAAAAAAACCUAUAGAACUUUUUUUAAUUUGACUAUGCAGUUCAAUAUAUUCUAAUUCUCGUUUUUUUAGAGAUAUUUCCUUCAACCAUGUAACUUCUUUCGAGCCCAACGCUUGGUCACACUGCCCUCAUUUGAGGUAAACUUUUGUCUCAAAGUAUAUAUAAUAAUAAAAAGAAAAGUUGCAGAUGGCUUUCUCUGUACAGUAACCGCCUACAAUCCUUGCCUUCGGGUUCAUUUCGAGCCUUGUCUCAUUUAGAGGAACUCAACUUGUCCGGAAAUUCCAUUGAGAAUCUGCACAAAACCGCCAUGACUGGACUGGACAGUCUUCACAGGUUCAUAUUACUAACCUUGAAGCUGUUUCGAAAGCAUUAUUCAAAAUAUUAAAUGAAAAUUCGAAUUAAAAAGCACUCCCUUUCUCCAUUUCUUGACUUUGAUGCCUUUCUGCCGCCUUUUUUGAGCCUCUCUCUUUUAGCGGCCAUUAUUCACCAUUCCUACUUUGCCCGAGUAGCUUGAGACGCAAAUGAAGUGACUUGUCUAAGCUCUCCAUCAACCAGGCACUAUCUUUCUUAUCGCGCCAGGACCCUUUUUUCAAAGACUCAAGCCAGCCGUGAAUCACUUAUGAAGUCCAUUUUUUCCCCACUUGGGGCUUCUCUGCGCCUUCCUUCUCUCUCGCCGACCAUUUCAUGAUGACGUGCUUAAUUCAUGUUUCUCUGACCUCUUGAGGGAACAGAGAGACGUAGAAAGUUGAAAACGUUCAAGCGGAUGAACUAUAAUUCCCUAGAAAAAUAAUUAUAGGCCGAUGAACCUUUUUCUUUUUGAAACAUGUUUCGCGCUCUGACGAACACUCCAUCAAAGUUUUUAAAAUUCAGAGCAACUAGCUUAUUUUGAUAUGGUCUGUGUGCCACGACUUGAAAUUUCACCGAACGACAUUCCGCGGCUCCGCUGCGUCGCGAAGGGUCUUUGCGAGCCUCGGUCUCGCUUUGAAUUUGUUCUCAAUUCUGAUAGAUGGACUGUUCCACCAGGAUUUGGUCGAGUUCUUAAAUAAAAUGAAAAAUUAAAGGCGCGCAAAGGCACUCAGCGGAACAGCGGAAUGUUGUUCGGUGAAGUUCCAAGUCGUGGUACACAGACUAUAGUGAAAAUUUACUAAUUUACCCGUCAUCUGAGCUUUCCUGUAUCCAAAUUACUUUUUCAGACUGGACCUUUCAUCGAAUCGAUUAGCAGUUUGUGUGGAGGAUGGAGCCGUUCUUUACAAUACGUCGAUGCCUUUCUUAAAAUGGCUCCGAUUUACGAAUAAUCAGCUUCGAGUCAUUCCCAACAGGUUUUUGAUAUCCAAAAUAUCAAAAAGAAAAGGUCAUUUUCAGAGCUUUCGAGCGAUUUCCUGCUCUGGAAGUGCUCGACCUGUCUGACAACCCCAUCGCCACGAUUCAUCCUGGCGCUUUUGAGCCGCUUCAUUUGAAGAAAUUGUGAUUCAUUCCUCAUGAAAUCGCAUAAAUUGAUUUGCUUCAGAAUGAUGAACUCGUCGUCGAUCCUCUGCGACUGCCAAAUCGCUUGGUUUGGCUCGUGGCUCUACGACUCGCGGCUGGAUCGUUCGACGGUCGUCGCGAAAUGUGCUCAUCCGCCGCCUCUGAAGUCGCUCGACGUCGUCGCCAUCGACGUCGCCAACUUGACUUGUGGUCAUUCGAAUUUCUGAAUGACGGCCACUUAAAAAAAUGUUCUUGGGUCUCGAAAAGUCUUGGAUCUUUAAAACCCUCAGGCUUCGAAAACUGUUAAGCUUUGAAACAACUUUAAAUUUUAACAAGACUUACCCUUUGAAAAAUGCCAGGUCUUAGAAAAGCAUUAUCUUUCGAAACACCAGAAAGAAAAAUAUUCAAGUUUUGAAAAGCAUUAGACUUCCCCCUCCCCUAAAGCUCAAAAACUUAAUUUUAGCUGACUAUUCUCCGCGAGCUCGCGUGAUCGCCCAACCGAUCUCCGUUCGAACUCUUGUCAAGGAAAAUGCUCGAUUCACCUGUACUGGAUAUGGCCAUGGUCCGAUUUCCAUCGAGGUGGAUUUUUGUGUUUUUCUAUGGUUUGAAAGUUUUUCAUUUAGUGGAGAGUUUUCGAGAACGGAAAACCGCGAGUGUUGGUUCAAGAUUCGACGACAAUCAUCAACACCAACACUACAGCAGUCAUCAAUGGUACUAUUUCUUUUUGGAUAGUCAAACUUUCAAAAUUGAUCGUUGUAGUUUGUAAGACAAACAUCAUAGAAGGUGUAGAAUGAACGGAGGAAAAAAAGUGGAUCUACAAAAUUUUCCAUGAUUAUCCGCAGACGAAGUUGUGAUUUUUGGACGUUCAGUUCUUUCCUCUUUCUCGGUUAUAAAAAAUGUCCUUCAAGUCGUCAUAAAUUAGCCAUACAAGGGGAUUUGUUCUACUCUUUAUCAUUAUAGUGAAAUUGGGUUGCUUCCUAGGAACUAUGGACGGCCACGAACUGACCGCUGGCGAAUUAAUCCUGCACGAAGUUGCUCUGUCGGACCGCGCCGAGUACCAGUGCGUCGUUCGGAAUCGCUUCGGCCCCGACUUUUCCACUCUCGUCAAGCUUGAGGUCUUCAUAAAAAUAGAGAGUCAUGAGAAAAAUAGAGAGAAAAUACAGUGGGUCGAGCGAGUUUCUAAAUGAGCAUUCAUUUUUUUUUUCCUCGCUUGUUUUACGUGAUAUGAGGGACAGGCGGCGCCAAAAACCUUUUUUAAACUUUUUUUAAAAAGUUUUUGGAUGUAGCGUCAAUAGUUCAAUAUAAUUGUUUUGGUUAAAAAAAUUAUAAAAAUUUUUUUCUUGAAAAUUUGAGAAUUCUUUUUAAUUGACAAUUUUGCAUUUAUAAAAUCAAAACUAAUUAUCAUUUCAAAACGAUUUAGCCUUUGUUUGAAACGUAAGACAAUCGAGAUUGCAGAAAUGGAAAGUAAUCUAUUUUUUUCUAUUGCCGUGUUCAACGUGAUGUGACGAAUUUUGAAAUGGGCGUACAAGCUAGAAAAAAAGAUAUAUGAACUUUGGAGUUUCAGAGAUAAUUUUUUUAUUUUUCUGAAAAAAAUACAACCAAUCAAAAAAACUUAUUGGACAAAGAUUUUUGGAUCGUAACCCGCGCCGACGACUAACUCUUUGAUUAAACCAUGAUUCAGCAGAGAUUUUUCUACAUCUUACUCUCAAGACUGAAUAAAUUGAAUGAAUUGAAAAUUUAAACAGUUCGACUCACAUCGGAGAACUAUUUUGAGUACUCAAAAAUUCUGAAGAUCUUGAUUCUUUUUUCUAAUCUAGUUCUUUAAAUUAUUUUUAAAUCAAAUUUUAGUCGAAUUUUUAACAAAUUUCUUUUUAUGUAGGUCCUACAACCGCCGUCUUUUCUCCAUGAGCCGGAUGAUAUGGCCCUUCUCGUGGGCCAGAAUGCCAAGUUCAUGUGCGCGGCGUCAGGUUCCUAGUUUCCUCAAAGAACUGAGUUUCAAAUGGGAUUCCAUUGAAGGAACCCCUCAGCCACUCCUGAAAUGGGCCUACGACGGCGGCGAGUCUUUUCCGGCGGCUGAGGAACGGCGGCUCUACGUCGUUCCAAAUGACGAUCAUCUCUACGUCAUGAACGUUUCUCUUUCCGAUCAGGUGCUUGGAAAAAAAAAAUCAUGAUAAUUGUUUUAAUCACGCGAAACAUUUAGAAAAAGUUGUAAGAUUUUUAGUUUUCAAGCGAAAAAAAAUGUUUGGAGGAGAAGAAUAAUUGAAAGUUUGGCAAUUGAAAAAACUUUCAGAAUGAUUUUCAAAGAGUUACCGAAAAAAAAGUCCUCUCUAUUUACAUCAAUAAAGAUCCAGUAGAAACCAUUUGAUCAAUUUUUUUCAAUAUGAUUUUAAAAAAAUCAAUAUUUCAGUAGCGAAAAAAAUUUUUGUUUAAUUUAACAGUUUUCUCUAGGGUGUCUACACUUGCAAUGCCACCAGUGAAGCAGGUCAUAUACAAGCCAGUGCAACUCUCCGUGUUUUCAGUUAGUUUUUUGACUUUCCCAAGUUUUCGAAUGCCUUUUUCCUCAGAAAAUGCAUUCCAAACACACUUGCAACCUCGGACUGUGCUCGAAGGCGACGCCGUCAUGUUGGAAUGUCUCGUAGACUUGAUCCCUGGCGCUCAGAGAAUGGUGGGACAUACGCGGGCUAUAACAGGGCUAACUCACUGAACCUUUCUCAACUUUGAAUCAUCUGAUUCUAUACCAAUUUUUAGGGAUUCUUGACACUUUUCAAGCUUUGAGAACACUACAUAAAAAGUUUUUUUUGGCUUGAAUAAUUCCUGACAUCGAUUUGAUGACGAAAAAAGUCAAACAGCUUUGGCUUCGAAUGUUUCGGAGCGAAAAAAAAGGUAUUUUCGAUUUCAUGACUUCAAUGAGUAAAGGACUAGAAUGAAAAUUUUGAAAACAAAAUUUAAAAUUUAAUCGACUUUUUUCAGAUUUGGACGAAAGAUGGAAGUGAAAUCAAGCCUCAUCAUUCCGUCCGGGUCACCACCACAGCCCACGGACAAAUUUUCGUCAUUUCUAAGGUUCAUUUAAUCCGAGAACUUUUAAAACGCAAAUGAAGCAUUUUUGAGACCAAUAACUUCUUCAUGAGUUGCUCUUCAAGUCAGUAAUACCUCGUUAGGUUAAAACUAAAAAAAGUAGUCAUUGAUUUUCCUGGAUUAGCCCAUAUAGUUUCUUUCUUCAGAUGCACCUCUCCGACUCGGGAGAAUACGGGUGUGAACUGUGGGCCGGCGGCACUCUCCUUAUCCGACAGAGCGCGCGAAUCACCGUAGCCGAGCUGCCUUUCGACGAAUCGCGGCAGGAGUCGAACCGAGCCUUGCACGUCCAAGGCGUCCUGGCCGCCAGCUGGCAGCCGACCAACGAGAAUUUCGUCGUCGGCCUCGCGCUCUUCCUUCUUAUCAUUACUGUCUCGUGAGUUGACUCGAAAAAGAUUAGUCUAUACUAGAGUAUGAUAGAGCAUCUUUCACACACUAAGUUUGUGGAUGUUUGAAGCUUGAAAGAAUGUCUUUAACUUUAUAAAUUUAUUGAAAUAAUAAAAAAAUGUCAUUGGCGAUGCUUAAAUUUUUAAUUUGCUAAAAACCUUUACGCUUCACUCCUGCUCUUCAAGUGGAACACACAAUUUGAUUUUUCGUCUUUAAUUCAGCAAAAAAACAGUCAUUUAUUCGUUUUUUUAGGAUGUGCUUUUUUUCUAAAAAAAGUGAUUUCAAAAUCAUCUUUGGCUCUCCAAGUUUCAGCUGUCUUUUUUUAUCUCAGCCAUUUAGAAACUUAUGAAUACGACCUUUUGUUUUUUUUUUUUGAGAGUUUUCUUUUCAGAAUCGUCUCCUUGAUCUGCACUGGCAUAUGUGUCUGGCUUCGACGGUUCUUACAGUCCCGACGACAAGUUGAGCAGGCCUACGUCUGA